AUGCGUCUGCCCGCGUCGUUCAACCUCUCGCCGCUAGCGUCGGCGGCCGCGGUCGUCACGCUCCUCGCCGCGCCAGCACAUGCAUUCUACCUUCCAGGCAGUGCGCCACACGACUACAGCUACAACGACAACGUCGACGUCUAUGUCAACACCCUCACGCCAAUGUUGAACGCGACUUUAAGAUCCCUGAUCUCGCAUGACUAUUAUGACGACCGCCUCCACUUUUGCCAGCCUGACGGUGGCCCUGUCAAGCAGGCUGAAUCGCUCGGCUCCAUCGUGUUUGGCGACCGCAUCCUUUCGUCCCCCUUUGAGGCGCACAUGCUCAAGAAUGAGAGCUGUGUGACCGUCUGCCGCAGCACAGUGCCUGCCGUCGACGCCAAGUUUAUCAACAACCUGAUCCGUGAAGACUAUGGCCUCAACUUUAUCAUUGACGGCCUCCCUUCCUCGGAGAUGAAGGUCGACUCCAAGUCGGGCGAGACCUUCCUCGACGCGUCUGGAUUCAGCCUCGGUGACGCGUCCGACGUCGACCACCCCAUGCUCAACAACCACUAUGACAUUUGGAUCCAAUACCACAAACGUAACGACCAGCAGUCGCGUGUUGUUGGUGUCAUGGUCUACCCCAAGUCGAUCGACAGCGCUGUUGAAGGCGACAACACUCCCAACUGCUAUGUCCGUGACAAGCACCUCUACCUUUCCGAAACCGAGGACACGCAGUUCUGGUACACCUACUCGGUAUUCUUCAUCGAGAGCGAGGUCCCCUGGGGUCUGCGUUGGGACCACUACCUCCACGUCUUUGACCCCAGGAUCCACUGGUUCUCGCUCAUCAACUCGCUUGUGAUCGUUGGAUUCCUUCUCUUCAUGGUGUCCAUGGUGCUCAUCCGCACCGUCUCCAAGGACAUCCACCGCUACAACGCCAUCGACCUUGCCGAAGACGUCCAGGAGGACUAUGGAUGGAAGCUCGUCCACGGCGAAGUGUUCCGUUCGCCGGAGCGCCCCAUGCUCCUCUCUGUCGCGACCGGUACCGGUGCCCACCUCAUCUGCAUGUGCAUUGUGACCCUUAUUUUCGCCCUGUUUGGAUUCCUCUCGCCCUCAAGCCGUGGCUCCCUCACGACCGUCCUCCUCAUCUGCUGGACCCUCUUUGCCUGCGCUGGCGGCUACGUGUCAGCUCGCGUCUUUGCGUCGCUCGGAGGCGAGGACUGGAAGCCCAACAUCGUCCUCACGGCUGUCUGCUUCCCCACCAUUGUGUUUUCGAUUGUGGGUCUCCUCAACCUCUUCCUCGUCACCGCCUCGGCCUCGGGAGCCGUUCCCUUUGGCACCAUCCUCGCCAUCCUUCUCCUCUGGUUCCUCAUGUCGGUCCCCCUCUCUGUGGGCGGAUACUUUUACGGCAUGAAGCACGGCGGCUUCUCGCAGCCCGUCCGUGUCAACCAGAUUCCCCGCCAGAUCCCCCCAGUUCAGUGGUACCUCAAGCCCGUCGCCGCUGCCAUUCUCGGCGGUAUUCUGCCGUUCGGCGCAGCCUUUGUCGAGCUCUACUUUGUUCUUUCGUCCCUGUUCGGCAACCGCGCAUACUACGCAUUCGGCUUCCUCUUCCUCACGUUUGCUGUCGUUGUCCUCACCACGGCGACCGUCACUGUCCUCUUCGUCUACUUUAUCCUCUGCUCAGAAGAGUACCGCUGGCACUGGCGUGCAUUCCUCGUCGGCGGCGGUUCGGCAUUCUGGGUCUUUGUGUAUGGCAUCUGGUACUAUGCCUCCCGCCUCCAGUUCACCGGCGUCACGUCGACUGUUCUCUACUUUGGAUACCUCUUCCUCUUUGCCAUUCUGGACUUCCUCGUUGGCGGUGCGAUUGGCUACGUCGCCAGCUACUUUGCCAUCCGCCGUUUGUAUGCCUCCAUCCGUGUGGACUAG